CCGCUCCUCGGGCUCAGUCCGCGCGGGCCGCGCCGCCUGCUCCCGCCGCUCCGGCAGCCGCCCCACGGCGCGCCAGCCCGGGGCCCCUCGCCCCCAGGCCCGGCUCCGGCCUGCCCGGGACCCGUCCCGCCCGCCCCGCUAGGCCGCCCGGGAAGAUGCGGCUGCUCCCGGAAUGGCUUCUCUUGCUCUUUGGUCCGUGGCUCCUGAGGAAGGUCGUCAGUGCCCAGAUUCCGGAGUCCGGGAGGCCGCAGUACCUGGAGCUGCGCCCCGCCGCGGCCAGAGGGGGCGCCCCUGGCCAACAGCUCGCGGUGCCGAGGGCUUCCCACGGCCUGGGCACCGCAGGCGCCUGGAGCUGGGCCUGGCCGGCUAAUCACACCCGGGCGCUGGCCCGGGCGGGGGCGCUGCCUGCGCGGCGCACCAAGAGGAAGCCGUCUAUCAAAGCGGCCCGCGCCAAAAAGAUCUUUGGCUGGGGGGACUUCUACUUCCGGGUACACACGCUCAAGUUCUCGCUGCUGGUGACCGGCAAGAUCGUGGACCACGUGAACGGUACCUUCAGCGUGUACUUCCGCCACAACUCGUCUAGCCUGGGCAACCUCAGCGUCAGUAUCGUGCCGCCCUCCAAGCGCGUCGAGUUUGGGGGCGUCUGGCUGCCCGGGCCGGCUCCCCACCCGCUGCAGUCUACGCUGGCCCUGGAAGGGGUGCUCCCCGGGCUGGGGCCCCCGCUGGGGAUAGCGGCCGCGGGACCCGGGCUAGGGGGUACCCUCGGGGGCGCGCUGGCGGGCCCAUUCGGGGGCGCGCUGGGAGUGCCCGGGGCCAAAGAGUCUCGCGCUUUCAACUGCCACGUGGAGUAUGAGAAGACAAACCGCGCGCGCAAGCACCGCCCGUGCCUGUACGACCCGUCGCAGGUGUGCUUCACCGAGCACACGCAGAGCCAUGCCGCCUGGCUCUGCGCCAAGCCCUUCAAAGUCAUCUGCAUCUUCGUCUCCUUCCUCAGCUUUGACUACAAACUGGUGCAGAAGGUGUGCCCAGACUAUAACUUCCAGAGUGAGCACCCUUACUUUGGGUAGCGCGCCUCGCCCUCGCCUGGGCCCUAAGCUUCCCGCCAAAUCCCGGCCUCCCUAAGUGGGACCCCUCCCUGUGCCCCGCAGCUCCUGUGGCCGCGUCCACCCCUUCCAUUCCGAGGGCGAAAGGAACAGCCCUCCCGGGGACCAUCAGCCAUCCGCCGCCUAGGUCCACCCUUUCCUCAUGGGGAGUGCCCACGAGGCAGCGGGGCGGCGGGGGUGGGGGGGAGAGGUAGUCCCCUCCGCUGCCUCCCAAAGUGAAGAGGCAAGAGCGCAGGCCUAGAAUAGGCGGGGCUUGGAGGCGGUCCCAGCGUCCCUCACGUCUGCGGUGGGUCCCCCCCUCAUGCCGCAGGCGCUGGGCUGGACAUUCCCUUUGUCCGCAUCUUUAAUGACGCCUGGCCUGGCACCCUCGUCGCACCCUUUCGUACCCCAGGCGCUUGUCCUCCUGUUCCACCCUGUCCCCACGUAAAGACUGUGAGGCCUAUAAACUGCGGCCUGUCCCCGACCCCUUCUGCCUGCCGGUAUGCCUGUCCGCCUUUCCCCGAAACCCUAAUUAGGGUAGCGGAAGGAGAACUCCUGGGCCUAGGCGAUCGACUGGGCGCCUGCCCUCUCUGCCCGCCUCCCUCUCGUCCCUGCAGUCCUGCUCCACCUGCCCCUUUCCGGCUGCUUCCUCUUGGUGAUAUUUUUCUACGCCAAAACAGACGGGAAAGGGAACAAAAUAAAGUGAAAUCCAAUACGUGUCUGUGUGAGAGACCUU